AUGGUAAAGUCUUCUUCCGUGCAGGUACAAAUGCAAGCCUCGCAUGCCAGCAGAGAUCUCAUGCAGUCUGCUUUCAAGUGUUCGUGCCCCAUAGCCCUGCUGAGAUUUAACCAGGCCAUCCUGGUUUCCCGUCAUGACCCGGCCUCUCGGAAGAAGGUGGUAGAGGAAGUGAAAAGGCGGGCGACUUCCCAGGGAAAAUGGCCACAGGUCCUGUUUUUUCCAGAAGGAACCUGCUCAAACAAGAAAGCCUUACUGAAGUUUAAACCAGGUGCCUUCAUAUCGGGUGUUCCCAUCCAGCCGGUCCUUAUCAGAUACCCAAACAGUCUGGAUUCAACAACCUGGGCGUGGAGAGGACCUGGCGUAUUAAAGGUCAUCUGGCUAACAGCGGCUCAGCCCUGUACUACUGUGGAAGUGGAGUUCCUCCCUGUUUAUCAACCCAGCCCUGAAGAGGCGGUGAACCCUACGCUGUAUGCUAACAAUGUUCAAAAAGUCAUGGCCCGGGCCUUGGGAAUUCCUGCCACUGAGUGUGAGUUUUUGGGCAACCUUCCAGUCACUGUAGUGGGGCACCUGAGGGUGGCACUGGAGCCACACAUCUGGGAGGUGGGCAAGAUGCUCCGCAAGGCCAGGUCGCUUGACAGAGUGGAGUCAAGUGCCAGUUGA